AGUUGCAAUAAUUUCUUCGAACUGCGAACACGUAAAAUUUAAUAGAUCCACAGUUUAGUGUUUCAGUACAAAAUACAAACAAAUAUAAGCUUUAGAAAAGCAUAUCAUAUAGAAUUCUUAUUUAUAUAUAUAAUUAUGUAUAUAUCUUCAAGUUGUUAUAUUAUAAAAAUAUAAACAAAAUAGAAAAUGAGUCGCCUUAGUUUUAUAGAUAUGGGAAAACUUGUAUCGAAAGCUGUUAAAUUCAAGUAUGAUCAAUACAGCAAGCAAACUAAUAUAACAGAGAUAGUUAACACAGACAAAGGUCCAGUGAAAGGCGUAAAGCGUUUAACAGUAUGGGAUGACGCCUACUACAGUUUUGAAAAAAUUCCAUUUGCUAAACCACCACUUGGAGACUUACGCUUCAAAGCCCCUAUUCCAGCUGAACCAUGGACAACAGUAUUAGAUUGCACAGCACACGCGAAACCACCUUUACAGAAAGGAAUAUUUUAUAAGAAAUAUAAAGGUUCAGAAGAUUGUUUGUAUUUAAACGUUUUCACAAAAGAGAUUAAACCCACAACUCUACGACCUGUAAUGGUAUGGAUUUAUGGUGGCGGUUUCCAAAGAGGAGAAGCAACACGCGAGUUUUAUAGUCCCGAUUAUUUUAUGUCAAAAGAUAUUGUUUUAGUCAGCAUAGCUUAUCGCUUGGGUCCACUUGGUUUUUUGAGCAUAGAUGAUCCAGCUGUUAACGUACCAGGCAAUGCCGGUAUUAAGGAUCAAAUACUCAGUUUGAAGUGGGUGCAAUCAAAUAUUGCUGCUUUUGGUGGUGAUCCAAAUAAUGUCACACUUUUUGGUGGAAGCGCAGGUGGUGCUUCGACACAUUUCUGUAUGCUUACAGAACAAUCUAAAGGCUUGUUUCACAAAGCUAUUUUAAUGUCCGGCAGCGCAUUAUGUCCAUGGGCUAUGGCACCGCAAAAUCAUUGGGCCAUCCGACUAGCACAAAUUUUACAUUAUAAAGGUGAUGAAAAUUGUAGUGCCGAUAUUUAUAAGUUUUUGUCACAAAGUAAAGGCGAAGAUUUGAUAACAGCAGCUAGCACUAUUUUAAAUGAUAAGGAAAAGCAUAAACGUGUAUUGUUUCCUUUUACACCUACUGUAGAAUCCUAUGAAACUGAACAAGCCACAUUAAUUGGAGCUGCAUAUGAUAUGCUUGGAAAAACUUGGAGUAAUAAAAUACCUAUCAUUAUAAGUGGUACCAGUUUCGAGGGAUUACUAUUUUACCCAGAUACCAUUAAACGUUCCGUUACUUUAGAUGAAGUUGAAAAUUGUGAGCAUUUACUUCCUGCUGAUAUAGAUUUGAAUCAAACAGAUGAAAAGUUAUUGGAAUAUGGUUUAAAACUAAAAACCUGCUAUUUCGGUGAAAAUGGAUGUAAUAGAAAAGAUAUAAUGAAAUUCUUAGAGUUGGAGUCUGAUCGAGAGUUUUGGCACCCAAUCUACCGUACCGUUCUAUAUCGGUUAUGUGCUAACUCAGCACCAACCUAUCUCCUACGUUUUGAUUUUGAUUCUAAAGAGGGCAAUUACGUUCGAAACUUAGUAUGCGGUAAAGACAUCCGCGGAGUUUGUCAUGCUGAUGACGUGAGCUAUAUAUUUCGUGGCGCAAUUAGCGGCACUCAUAUAACGAACUCUCCUGAAGAUUUAGUCAUAAGAACGAUGAUUAAUAUAUUUACAAGUUUUGCAAUAACUGGAAAUCCAAAUUGUCAAGAACUUGCUCAUGUGAAUUUUGAACCAGUUAAGAAUUCUAGUGAAAUAAUGUGUCUCAAUAUUUCCCACAAAACAGAGUUUAUAAAACUACCAGAGCUGGACAAAAUGAAAGUGUGGGACAGUUUUUAUAGAAAACUUGCCAAUCAUUUACUAAAGAUAUAUAAAUACAAAACAAAAAUGAGUCAUUUCAGUUUAAUAGAUGUGGGCAAAUUAAUGUUUAAAUUUGUGAAAUUUAAAUAUGAGCAAUAUAGUAAGCAGACUAAUAUAACCGAAAUAAUCGAUACCGACAAGGGACCAGUACAGGGUGUGCAACGUAUUACAAUAUGGAAUGAUGCCUACUACAGCUUCGAAAAAAUACCAUUUGCUAAACCACCACUUGGAGAUUUACGGUUUAAAGCUCCUGUACCCGCUGACCCAUGGACGACAGUAUUAGAUUGUAAAGCGCCUGCCCCACCACCGUUGCAAAAAAGCAUGCUCUUUAGUAAUUACAGAGGUUCAGAGGAUUGCUUAUACCUGAAUGUGUUUACUAAAGAUAUUAAACCUGCAGCGUUGCGUCCUGUAAUGGUGUGGAUUUAUGGUGGUGGCUUUCAAGCUGGCGAGUCUUCCCGCACUUUAUUUAGUCCAGAUUAUUUCAUGUCAAAAGAUAUUGUUUUUGUAAGCAUUACGUAUCGUGUCGGACCACUUGGUUUUCUUAGCAUUGAUGAUCCAGCUGUUAACGUUCCAGGCAAUGCCGGUAUUAAGGAUCAAAUACUUAGUCUAAAGUGGAUACAAACAAAUAUUGCUGCUUUUGGUGGUGAUCCAAAUAAUGUCACACUUUUCGGUGAAAGUGCUGGUGGUGCUUCUACACAUUUCUGUAUGCUUACAGAACAAUCAAAGGGUUUGUUUCACAAAGCUAUUUUAAUGUCCGGCAGCGCAUUAUGUCCAUGGGCUAUGGCGCCUAGAAAUCAGUGGGCACGACGUUUAGCACAAAAAUUGGGUUAUAAGGAUGACGAAAACAGCGGUGCUGAUAUUUAUAAUUUUUUGGUACAAUCUAAAGGUGCGGAUUUAAUAAAAGCGGCUGAUACCAUUCUUAUUGGUAAAGAAAAACAUAGACGUGUAUUGUUUCCGUUUACUCCAACUGUGGAACCAUAUAUCUCAGAGUCAAACAUUCUUAAUGAGCUAGCGUACAAUAUGUUGGAAAAGACCUGGAGUAAUAAUAUACCUAUAAUUAUAAGUGGUACGAGUUUCGAGGGUUUAUUAUUUUAUCCAGAUAUUAUUAAACGUCCCGCAACUUUAGAUGAAGUUAAGAACUGCAAACAUUUAUUGCCUGCUGAUUUAGAUUUGGACAAAACAGAUGAAAAGCUAGUGGAGUAUGGUUUAGCACUGAAAUCAUGUUAUUUCGGAGAAGAGGAAUGCAACGUUAAAAAUAUGAUGAAAUACUUGGAGUUGGAAUCUGAUCGGGAGUUUUGGCAUCCGAUUUAUCGUACUGCCUUGGCUCGUCUACGAACAAACUCAGCACCCACCUAUCUACUACGCUUUGAUUUCGAUUCAAAAAUCGGCAAUUAUUCUAGAAACUUAAUAUGUGGAAAAGACGUACCUGGGGUUUGUCAUGCAGAUGACAUUGGUUAUUUAUUUCGUGGUGCUAUAACCGAUACCUAUGCAGUGAACUCUCCUGAGGAUAUAGUCCUUCGCACAAUGAUUGACAUAUUUACUAGUUUUGCAAUAACCGGAAAUCCUAACUGUCAAUCACUUGGGGACUUAAAUUUUGAACCAAUUAAAAGUGAUAUUAAUAUGAAGUGUCUUAAUGUGUCAAAUGAAUUAAAAUUUAUAGAAUUGCCUGAACUAAGCAAAAUAAAAGUGUGGGAUAGCUUUUAUAAGAAAGGAAAACUAUAACGAAAUAAUUGUAUGUACAUAUGUGUACACAAGAAAUUUUUCAAAGCAUUUUUGGAAAAAAUAUAUAUUAUUCUAUGCCAGCAAUAUUUGAUCGACGUUUCAUUAUUAAUAGAAAG